UGUGGCGGCGGCGGCGUACCCCGCACCUGCCUUUCUUGGACAUUAUAUUGAACACCUGCGUGGCUGAGUCAGCGACUUAGUGAGCCACGGACGCGACCCUCGGUGCCUCCGAGUCCAACCUCCGAUCGUGACACUACUCCUGACUCGCGAUGUCUGAAAACACGUCCGCCCUGUGGGCGACUACUGUCUACUGGUCUCCGACACAUAUUUACUCCCAUGUCUGCUCAUUCUCGACGUGGAAGCCUCAGAAGCGAAGCCUGCCACGAGAUUUGUAUAGGCGAUCAUCUAUGCUGCCUGUGACUUUGGCCUCGCAGCAUCCGGAUGCUCCACGCUCAAGCUUCGGAUCCCAGCUACUGAGGCCCAGGUCCACGCGAGAAGACGCCGGUGGUAGCAUACGAGAUGGAAAGAAUAUCCGCCGAGGGGCCUUGAGCGGCCUUUACCACGGCGGACAGGGAGACGUGAUCGAGCAGCUCUUAACGCUUUCACUGGACCUGAAGGACGAUGAGUCACUCUCAUCGAAGCUUUCCACAUGGACAUGGUUCUGGUGGGCUGUGUGCAAGGGCUGCGCGGCCCUGGACCUGCAUACGUCCAGACACUUUGAACCUCGAUCCUUGCUGGGAGCCCAAUGCGCCCUGCAAUCGGGACGGCACCGGGACCACGGAGAUAGCGAUCUCAUAGCUUCCCCGUGUCUGCACGAUCGUCUUUCCGCGUUGUCCCGUUCCCUUUCCCUUGGUAUCCGGCGAAUGUGCUCACUCGUGACGUUCACGAGCCAGCCCUCUCUGCAUCGAGGCGCUCUUCUACUCAAGAGGUCACUCGUUCAACGGCCGACUCAAUCGCACUUUUAAGCGCGCCGGCGGGAAUGCGUAACGGGCUUGCAGCCAUGUUCUUGGUGGCGGCGAUUUUACGCUACUUUUCUGCAUCGUCAUGAGAUGUUGCGUUGCGUCAACUGACGGCGAGAUGCUCUCACUUUCCCUCCCUGACCACU